AUGACGCCCAAGUCCUUCUAUACCUUCUUGCUAGGUCUAGCAACCCUCGCUCUCGCAGCUACUCUCCCUCCAACCGACUACGAUGUCAUCAUCGUCGGCGGCGGCCCUGCAGGCCUCAGUGCCCUAAGCGGAUUCUCUCGCGUACGCCGCCGCGCUGCACUAUUCGACUCGCACGAGUAUCGCAACGGACCGACACGGGAAAUGCACGACGUGAUUGGAAAUGACGGAACCAGGAACCCCCCGGCCAAAUUCCGCGCUCUCGCCCGCGAGCAAAUCUCCAGAUAUGACACCGCAACCUUCAUCGACAGGGAGAUCCUCUCCAUCGAACAACAACAACUCGCGGACCUCGAACCCAACCUCACCACCACCACCACCACCACCGUGUUCCGCGCCACCGACGCAACCGGCGCCUCGUACACAGCCCGCAAGAUCGUCCUCGGCACGGGGCUCGUGGACGUCCUCCCCACCACGCCAGGCCUGCAAGAAUCCUUCGGAAAGGGCAUCUUCUGGUGCCCCUGGUGCGACGGAUACGAGCACCGCGACCAGCCCCUCGGCAUCCUGGGCACACUGCCGCACAUCGUCUCGAGCGUGCUGGAGAUCUCCACCCUGAACACGGACAUCAUCGCCUUCGUCAACGGAUCCCACACGGAACCCGCCGACGCCGCGCUCACGCUCCAGACCCCCCACUGGAAGGCGCAGCUGGCGGCUUCCAACGCCCGGAUCGAGAACCGGACAAUCGCGGCCAUUGAGCGCGUCCAGGACGGCGGCCGGGUGCACGACGACCGCGCGCGCGACCAGCAGUUCGAUGUCUUCCGGGUGCGGUUCACAGAGGGCGAGCCGGUGCUGCGGAACGCGUUCCUGACGAAUUUCGAGACGGCGCAGAGGUCGCGGAUCCCCGCGCAGCUGGGGCUGGAUAUGAAGGAUGGCAAGGUCGAUACUAGUGUUUAUUCCGGUAUGAGGACCAGCGUGCCCGGGGUUUUUGCCGUCGGGGACUGUAAUAGUGAUGGUAGUACGAAUGUGCCUCAUGCGAUGUUUAGUGGGAAGAGGGCGGCUGUUUAUGGGCAUGUUGAAAUGGCUCGUGAAGAGUCCGCCGCUGCCAUUGCGAAGCGUGGUCUAUCGCGGAGGGCGAUGGAGAAGGAAACCGAGAGGAUCAUUGGGAAUGAGUUGGAGGACUUGUGGGAUCGGGCUAAGGUUUAA